CAUUCGACUUUUGAAAUCCGCCUCGAACGCUUCGAAAAUUCCCAGCGAGUCGGACGUGUGUGUGGAGCUGCGGCGUACGGUUUCUGUUUCUGUCUGUCUUGGUCUCCUUGGUCUUGGUCUUGCUCUUGGUCUCAUCCCCCGUGCGUGUGUGUGUGUAUAUUUGGAAGUAAGUUACCCCAAGAAAAAAUCGUCGGUGUUGCGGUUUUUCUUUGUCUCCCUGCCAAUUUCGUGUGACCCCCGAAACGAAAGUGCGACUCGCCGUGCGGUAAAGCAACAGCGAUCCAUAUCCAGAUCCGUAUAUAUAUAUAUAUCAGUUCAACUUAAUCCGCACCCACGACAAACAAAGCACCAUGAGCUGGCAAGAUUAUGUGGACAACCAACUCCUGGCCUCGCAGUGCGUGACCAAGGCGUGCAUCGCCGGCCACGAUGGCAACAUUUGGGCGCAGUCCAAUGGCUUUGAGGUGACAAAAGAGGAGCUCUCCAAACUGAUCAGCGGCUUCGAUCAGCAGGACGGUCUCACCAGCAACGGCGUGACACUCGCCGGCCAGCGGUACAUUUACCUUUCCGGCACAGACCGCGUGGUGCGCGCCAAGCUCGGCAGGAGCGGAGUGCACUGCAUGAAGACAACACAAGCCGUGAUCGUUUCCAUCUACGAGGAUCCCGUUCAGCCCCAGCAGGCCGCUUCCGUUGUAGAGAAACUUGGAGAUUAUCUGAUUACUUGCGGGUACUAGGAGAAUAAAUCAACACAAAACACCCCCAUCAACCACAACAACACACACACACACCAACAACUACAACUACAACAGCAGCAACAAAUUUGAUAAGAGCGAACCGUAAAUGAACUAAUAACACAUAAAAAGUAAUUAUUAAUAUUUAAAUGUAUGGUAAAGAAAACCAACGGCCAAGAAAGAAUUUGCGGUUUUUUGUGUGUAGCAGAGGAAAUGGAUCGAGUAAAAAUGCAUAUGCUUGAAAAAAAAAUUAUGUCAAAAAACGCAAAUAAUUACCCAACUACAACAAAAUUAUAAAUUUCUGCAUUAUUAUAUUUAAAACUUUUUGGUUUAUACGAUAAAAAUAAAAGGAAAAACACAAAACUA